GCUGUCCAGCAUUUCAGCAAUAGGCGGCUGCACCCGCGGGGAGACGGAGGGCGCGGGGCCGUGAGGGCCGCGGAGCUGCCCGGCCGUACCAAGCGAAAGAGGCGGCUCGGGCAAGCGAGGCCAGAAGGCCUGGCUCCUGGUUCCAGCACCUAGUAGAGUGCGGCAGUCAUCAGGAAGGGCCGGCGGCUCCGGCCAGCUGCCAUGUCCUCCACCGUGAACAACGGGGCGGCCGGCGUGCCGUCCCCGCCCGACGCCGCCAACGGCUUCCCGCAGCCCGGCGCCUCGUCCGGGGCAUGGCCGCGGCCGGAGGAGGAGCUGCGCGCCGCGGAGCCGGGCCUGGUGAAGCGCGCACACCGCGAGAUCCUAGACCACGAGCGCAAGCGGCGCGUGGAGCUCAAGUGCAUGGAGCUGCAGGAGAUGAUGGAGGAGCAGGGGUACUCGGAGGAGGAGAUUCAGCAGAAGGUCGGGACCUUCCGGCAGAUGCUGAUGGAGAAGGAGGGAGUGCUCACCAGGGAGGACCGGCCUGGGGCCCAUGUCGUGGCGGAGACCCCGCGGCUGAUCGAGGGCACCGAGCCCGGCCUGGAGUAUGGGCCCUUCGACGACGACGAGGACGAUGACGACGACGGUCCAGUGGACUGCGACUGCCCGGCCGCCUGCUACCGCGGGCACCGAGAGUACAGGACCAAGCACUGGUCCGGCAGCUCGGCGUCGCCCCCUCCUAAGAAGAAGAAGAAAAAGAAAGGCGGCCACCGGAGAAGCCGCAAAAAGAGGAGACUAGAGUCGGGGUGCAGCUGUGGGAGUGCCUCACCCCUGCGCAAGAAGAAGAAGAGUAUAAAGAAGCACCGCCGAGACAGGUCCAAUUCCGGGUCCCGGAGGAAGAGACGGCACAGAUCUCGAAGCCCCAAGAGCAAAAGAAAAGAGAAAAACAAAGAGAGGAAAAGGCCUCACACAGAGUCCCCGGGCCGCAGGUCCCACCGUCACAGCAGCGGCAGUUCCCACAGCCCCUCGCUGUCCUCCCACUGCAGUGACUCCGGAUCACCCAGCAGGCUGAGCCCCAAGCGUCGAGACGACGGGAGGAAGACAGGUAGCCAGCGGUCCAGCGGGAGCCGGUCGCCUUCCCCGUCGGGCGGCAGCGGAUGGGGGUCUCCGCAGCAGAACGGCGGCAGCAGGCAGCAGCGGAGCGCAGCGCACGGGGGCCGCCCGGGCCCGGCGCACAGCCAGCCCGAUAAGCCCAGCCCGCCCUCGCCCAGGGCCCGCGACAAGGAAGUGGCCGCUGCACCCACGUCGCCCACGCGGGGCAAGGACAGCCCGAGUCCACGCUCGGCGCCCUCAUCGCAGGGCCGCGGAGGUCGCACGGCGUGCGGGGCAGCCAGGCGGCGGAGGCGAAGGAGACGGAGGCGACGAUCGCGGUCCGCGGCUUCCGCGCCCCGCCGCAGGGGUCGCCGGCGCGCACGGCCGGCGCCACCCCGCGAUUCUUCGCGCUCGCUGAGCCGCGCGCGCUCCAGCAGCGACUCGGGCGGCGAUGCCCCGGAUCCCGGGCCGGAACCAGGCUCUGAGCGAGGCCACGGCGGACACGGGAAACGGACGAAGGAGCGACUCCCACGCGCGCGGCCGGCCAGCACCUCGCCGUCCCCGGGCGCGCACGGCAGGCACGGCGGCCCGGAGGGUAAGAGCUCUUCGCGAAGCCCUGACCCCCACCCCCGGUCCUGGAGCUCCAGCCGAUCGCCCUCUAAAUCCCGCUCACGGUCCCCGGAGAAGAGGGCCCGCAGCCCCAGCCACUCGCCGUCACCCAAGAAACCCCUCAGCCGGGACAAAGAUCCCGAGGGCCGCGCAAGGCACGCCGAAGCCGAGGCCGCCCGCGCCCGGCGCCGCUCCCGUAGCUACUCCCCCAUUCGCAAGCGGCGCCGCGAUUCGCCCAGCUUCAUGGAGCCGCGGCGCAUCACUAGGUCCAGCCUGCCGAGUGGCCUGUGGCCAGCCUGGGGGCCAGGUGGACCCCUCUGCACAGGCUGCCGGGGAGAUGCCCGUGUGAGCUGGUCUGGCUUUGUGCCCGAAAGCGUCCCAUUCCUUACUACCGGCCCAGCCCCUCCUCUUCCUCCAGCUGCCUGAGCAGCGACUACUCAAGCCGGAGCCCCAGCCACAGCCCCAGCCCGGGGCACAGCCACGGAAGCUACAGCAGUCGCAGUCGUGGGACCCGAAGCCACUCACGCAGCCCCUCCCGAAGUCCCAGUCCAAGCUACCACAGCCGAAGCAGCUCUGAAAGCGGGGGCUUCUGAGCCCAGCCAGACCUGGGGAUCGCCUGGCAGAGGAAGAGGCCAAGCGCUGGGACUGGGGAGGAGGGGAGCUGUACCCCCUACAAAGAGCUCCUGGGCCGGCACGAGGGCAGAUGGGACAGGGAGGACUUUGAGGGUGGGCACCCUGCCCACGAGGAGGAGCCAGAUGGCGCUGCUCCUAACAGGUGCCCACCCUUACCCCAGCUCGCACCCACCUGCGUGUCCAGGGAACAAAGAGCCUUUGCGAACACAGGGGGCACCCUGCCCCACUUCCUGCUUGACGCCCACUCACUGGGCUGGGCACUAGCAUUGGCAUUGGCACGAGAGUUCACAGUCUGCUGUAAUCCUUCGCCUCCGCUCAGUGGUCCCGGGCCCACCUCAGCAGGUGCCAGCCCUGGGGACUUCCCCUCCCCCACUGGGCACACCAGGAGGUGGUAGAGCAAGCUGCAUCCAACCCAGCCAGAGGGAACAGAGUCCCAACCAUGGGUGCGUCACCAUCCAGGCUGGGGAAUAGCACUCUUCUGAGCUGGCUGCAGGAGACCUGGCUGAGGGUCCCUCUGUCCCUCCCCUAUCCCGGUCUGGGCUGCCCAAAGCCACAGCCGCAAAGCCCAGGAAGCUCUCUUGAGCCCAUCUCACCAGUUCUCACACCAUGCCCUGGGCCCAGGCCGUCGCAGCCAGGCCUGCAGCAUGACAGGAGGACAGGGGGAUUCACCUCAUGUGCCUCUGACCUUGAGAUCCAAGGGGUUCUGGCCAGGAGGUGGCGGAGGACGUGGGGCAAAACAGUGGAAUCGGAUGACCAAGCCGGCCACAGAGAACUGGGCGGGAUGGGAGGCACUCGGAGAAGAGAACAGCAGCACUGGGUCACAGGCACAGGCUGGCAUGCCACAGGCUUCAGGGCCGCCCCAACAGGCAUGAUGGACGGGUUGGCCCAGGCUCCCAGGGCAGGGGUGGUGCCAGCUGUUGACCCCACUCUCUCUGCGGCUCCCAGCCCCCGCAUCCUGGGGCCCUCAGGGAUCUCACAAAGUCUUCCUUGCCCAAUGUGGCAGACGCCCUGGGCCCUGGCGGGGGGAGGGGUCUGGUCCGGGUUCCUCUUCUAUUUCCCCUCCCCUUUUCUCCGCGGUGCGGAUUAAAACAUGGACUAUAAUAAACAUUCGGUGCCCAGAUGGCAGGUGGUGA